UCCAACGGCUAAGAAAGGUAGCAGAUAGCGAGAAGGCUUAUCUGCUGUCUGACUUCACCGAAUGAAUGUAGAGCGAGAGAGAUAGAGAGAGAGCGAAACCAAAAACCAGAGAGAUACUAGUACAAAACGUUGAGCUGAAGAGCGGGACCAGCCCGCCAUUAAUGCAGUACUAUCCACCUUCCUUCUCAGCCAACCCUCUCUCUAUUUUAAGCAUCAAACUCAAACGAAAAAAAGCUUAGUCAACUUGCUCUCCGCUGGGAAAGUUCUUUAUUUGAGCAUCGUGGCCAUUCGACCAACGCUAAAAGCAUAUACCCACCUCACUCUUUCUUUGUCUCUCUGUGAUUAGAUUUUAGUUUUGGAAGAAAAGAGGCAGAGAAUUCAGAAAAGGCGGUUGGUUUUCUAGGGUUGGUGUUCAUGGGGGUCUGUUUAAGCGCGCGAAUCAAAGCUGAGAGCCCUUGUAAUACAGGUGUGAAUUCAAAAAUCGUCAGCACUGAUGGGAAUCUCAGCACAAGCAGCAAGGUCUCAUCAUUUUCAGCGCCUCCAACUCCUCGGAGUGAGGGAGAGAUCUUGCAGUCUUCCAAUUUGAAGAGCUUUAGUUUUAACGACCUCAAAAUGGCCACCAGGAAUUUCCGUCCUGAUAGUGUGUUAGGAGAAGGUGGCUUUGGUUCAGUUUUUAAGGGGUGGAUUGAUGAAAACUCAUUUACUGCUGCAAAGCCUGGGACUGGUAUAGUUUUGGCUGUGAAACGGCUUAACCAAGAAAGUUUUCAGGGUCACAGAGAGUGGUUGGCAGAAGUGAAUUAUCUUGGACAAUUCCAUCAUCCUAAUCUCGUGAAACUAAUUGGCUUUUGCUUGGAGGAUGAACACCGGCUUUUGGUGUAUGAAUUCAUGCCUCGAGGCAGCUUGGAAAAUCAUUUGUUCAGGAGGGGCUCUUAUUUUCAACCUCUGUCUUGGAACCUCCGGAUGAAAGUUGCCCUUGGUGCUGCAAAGGGGCUUGCUUUUCUUCAUAGUUCUGAAACAAAAGUGAUAUACCGAGACUUCAAGACGUCAAAUAUCCUGCUUGAUUCGAACUACAAUGCAAAACUUUCCGAUUUUGGUUUGGCCAAGGAUGGGCCAACAGGUGAUAAAAGCCAUGUCUCUACUAGGGUGAUGGGGACCUAUGGAUAUGCAGCACCAGAAUAUCUAGCCACAGGUCAUCUAACUGCCAAGAGCGACAUUUAUAGUUUUGGAGUCGUUUUAUUGGAGAUGUUAUCUGGCCGGAGAGCAGUUGACAAGAAUCGACCAUCCGGGGAACAUAAUCUAGUUGAGUGGGCUAAACCCUUCCUGGCAAACAAGCGUAAGAUCUUUCGCAUCAUAGAUAACCGUCUAGAAGGUCAGUAUUCAAUGGAUGGAGCUUAUAAGGCAGCUAGCCUUGCGUCACGGUGCCUAUCCACAGAAUCCAAGCUCAGGCCAAACAUGGAUGAGGUUGUAACAGCACUGGAACAACUGCAAGACAAUGGAAGCGGUCAAGGCAAUGCAAGCAAUGGGCAGAGGAUGCGCAGACGAAGUGCAGAUGAUGCUAUCAAAGCAAAGCGUGCAGCAGCAGAUGCUACAAAGGCAGCUAACGAGUCAAGAAAUACUGUCGCUUAUCCUCGGCCCUCUGCUUCCCCUCUUUAUGCUUAAGAAUGGAGUAAAAGAAAAUGGCAAAAGCUGCAAUAUAGAAAUGUUUGCCCAGUGACUGUACAGUUUAUCCUGGCAAAUGUUAUUCAAAUUUCAACCCUCCCUUUGACAAAUUAUUAGGUGAGCUUGUAAAAUGAGCAAUGCCACGAUGUUGUGUCUUCUGAAUCACCAAAUUGUAACAGUAGCUUCGAAAAGUAGGGAUGGAAGUGCUUUUGUAUGACUAAAUGUCCAUUUUUCUCCUGCACAGGGUUGCAUAUGGUUUUAUUUUUUGACCCUUUCUUUUAUUAUAGGUGGGUUUGUUUGGCGUCCUACCGGUGUGUGUUGUAUUAUGUCUCUGUUUCUUCCCCAGGAGGAAAGGGAAAUAAAUUGAUGAGCCUUUUAAUAUUUGUUAAA